AGGAGCAGGUUCAGUUUCUGAGGACGAUAUUUGUGAACGGACUUAUUCGCUUUUCAGCGAAUGAACACAUUUUAACGUUAAAAUCACUUUGAUAAUUCAGAAAGUGGUAACGUAAUCAAAAUUAAAAUGACUUGUACGUGUAGACACGGAGUCGUGACUUGAGAUUGACGAUCGUCUGUUUGUUACAAUAUGGUGGCCGCGACGUUCUCCUCUUCAAACUGACCAUAAAGUGGAAAGCCGUCAUAUCAAAGAGGAGACGAUGUUGCUCACAGCUGGUCGCCUUUCCAGAGUGCUGCAGCUCACCCUGGCGGUCAUCAAACCAGAUGCUGUAGCUCAUCCUCUGAUGUUAGAGGCUCUUCACCAGACAAUCCUCGACAACAACUUUGUCAUUGUUAGAUGCAAAGACCUUGUAUGGCGAAGACAGGACUCGGAGAGAUUUUACGCUGAACAUUCAGGUCGAUUCUUCUAUCAGAGACUUGUUGAAUUCAUGUCAAGCGGUCCAAUGCGUGCAUACAUUUUAGCAAGAGAGGAUGCCAUACGUCACUGGAGAGAACUGAUGGGGCCCACCAAAGUGUUCAGGGCCAGAUACACCUCCCCUUCCUCCAUCAGGGCUCGGUUUGGACUCACAGACACAAGAAACACAACUCACGGCUCAGAUUCUGUGGAGUCAGCACAAAGAGAAAUCAGUUUUUUCUUCCCAGACUUCUGUGUGGAAGAGUGGAUGGAGAAAGAAGAACCAUCGUUCAGAUCGGGACAGAUACAUUACGACCAUCAAAAACAAAUCCACACACUCUCAGCACAGAACUGACCGCACAACUGCUGUCACAGUUACUGAGCAACAACAUGAGGUCAAGGACACACGCAGAAGUGUUUCUGCUACUGUUUAACCAUUGUUCAUAUUAAAAUGCAAGCUACCAGAGCUUAUGUGACCUAUAAUAAUUUAUACCGUGUUUGUUGUUCAUCUCUGCUCCUCAAAGUGCCAAUGUGUUCACUUCCAUUUUUGCAUUAUUAAAGUGGAUUUUCUUUCUAUGCAGUAAAUGCUUUUGCCUGAUUUACUGUUAUUAGAAAACACAUAUGACCAGAGAAGUAAGACACUGUAUUCUGCAAAUCAACAUGAUGUAGUAAGACAGUAAAUACAUUAUUGUCACAAACUCACACCCAGGCUUCAUUGUAAAUAGUGCAGUAACCACAAUGGGUUCCCCUUUCCUGAGCCAUACAGAUUGUAGCACAGCAGCAACUAUGUAUUGUGUAUCAGUGUAACAAAACUAUAACAUAAUUAUACCUUGUGAAUAUUCAGUAAUGUAAAAUAUCAAUGUAAUUAUAGAUUAACACAUAUUUGUCUUUAAGGGCAUAAUUUGGGUUCACUCAUUUCUAAAUUAAAGUCCACUUAAAAAUUUGAAAUGUGCAAUGAAAUGAUUUCCUCUGCAUGAAACUGACCGUUGUGAUAUACUAAGAAUUGUUACUGUAAAAUGUAGUUUUGUAUUUUCUGUGACCAGUCUACAGUCUUACAUGUCAAAGUACAGUCAAACAUUGUAACAGGGACUGAAAAUCUACUUUACAGUAAUAAAUACAACAUGUUUUUAAA